CUCUCUCCCCUCUCUCUCUCUCUCCCCCUCUCUCUCUCUCUGUCUCCUGUGCCUCUUGUCCGGCCCCCUGAUCUUUCUGUCCAUUGGCUUCUUCGGGUCUACAUUUCAUGUCCAGCCCCUAAUGAGUGUCCAUUGGUUUUGUUAUUUCCAUUCCCUCCUCCCACUCCCCGGCUUCGCCCUGCCCAUGUUUUGUAUGUCUGUGUCCAUCCAUCUCCUGACGUUCAAGUUCGCAGGGACGUCACGUCCGCACUUGAACUUGCAGCUCAGGGGGGCUUUUGCCAUUUUUUCAUCUCUCUCUCUCUCUCUUUUCAAAAAAGCCAUGACGGCUAUCCCACAAUCCAUCUUCCCUGCGCCAUCUUUGUAUUAUUUCUAAUUUAUUUUGGAUGUCAAAGGCAUUGAUGAAGAUAUUUUCUCUGGAGUCUCCCUUCUAACCCGGCUCUCCCGAUGUGAACCGAGCUGAAAGCCACCACCAACCACCAUGUCUCGCCGCAAGCAAGGCAAACCCCAGCACUUAAGCAAACGGGAUUUUUCGCCCGAGCCCCUGGCUGCCGUCCUCCCGGAGGAGCAGCAGGAGCACGGAGGCCUGGUCCAGGUGGUUCCGGAAGCGGAUCAGGACCUCCUCACCUGUGGCCAGUGUCAGAUGAACUUCCCUCUGGGGGAUAUCCUGGUUUUUAUUGAGCACAAGCGGAAGCAAUGCAGCGGCAGCAUGUGCGCGGACAAAGCUGUGGAUAAACCGCCGUCGGCCUCGCCCCCGCGCGGCCCGCUGCGGAGGGCCUCCGUCCCCGUGGAGGUGGGCGUUCAGGUCACGCCGGAGGACGACGACUGCUUGUCCACGUCGUCCCGAGGGAUUUGCCCGAAACAGGAAACCGUAACAGGUAAAGAUGAGCCCAGCAGCUACACCUGCACCACGUGCAAGCAGCCGUUCGGCAGCGCCUGGUUCCUGCUGCAGCACGCCCAGAACACGCACGGCUUCCGCAUCUACCUGGAGAGCGAGCACGGCAGCCCGCUCACGCCCCGCAUGGCCGCCCCCCUGCCCGGGAUGGGCGCCGACUGCGCCUCCCACCCGCCCCCGCCCCUCCACGGGCUCCACCUGCCGGACGGGAGCCCCUUCAGCCUGCUGCGCCUCCCGGGCUCCGUGUCGGGGCGGGACGGCCCCCCCGCGCCGGCGCUGAGGGAGGGGCGCUUCCCCCCGACGCCGCCGCUCUUCAGCCCGCCGCCGCGCCACCACCUGGACCCCCACCGCAUGGAGCACCUGAGCCCCGAGGACCUGGCGCUGGCGUCCCACCACCCGAGUGCCUUCGACAGGGUGCUGCGCCUCAACCCCCUGCCCCUGGACCCCCCCGCCAUGGACUUCUCGCGGAGGCUGCGGGAGCUGGCCGGCAACACCGCGGGCUCCACGCCCCCCCUGUCCCCCAGCCGGCCCAGCCCCAUACAGAGGCUGCUGCAGCCCUUCCCGCCCGGGGCCAAGCCCCCCUUCCUGGCCACGCCGCCCCCGCUGCCCUCCAUGCAGUCCCCCUCGGGCUCCCAGACCACGCCCAACCAGCAGCAGCAGCAGCAGUCGGCCACGCCCUUAAAGAGCAAGUCGUGCGAGUUCUGCGGGAAGUCCUUCAAGUUCCAGAGCAACCUGAUCGUGCACCGGCGCAGCCACACGGGCGAGAAGCCCUACAAGUGCCACCUGUGCGACCACGCCUGCACCCAGGCCAGCAAGCUCAAGCGCCACAUGAAGACGCACCUGCACAAGUCCUCGCCCGUCACCGUCAAGUCCGACGACGGCCUGUCGGCCACCAGCUCGCCCGAGCCGGGCACCAGCGACCUGGUGGGCAGCGCCAGCAGCGCCCUCAAGUCGGUGGUGGCCAAGUUCAAGAGCGAGAACGACUGCAUGAUCCCCGAGAACGGCGAGGAGGAGGACGAGGAGGAGGAGGAGGAGGAGGAAGAAGAGGAAGAGGAGGAGGAGGAGGAGGAAGAGGAGGAGGGGGAAGAGGAGGAGCUGGAGAGGGAGGGGGCCCGGAACAGCUUCCACUUCGGCCUGAGCCUGGAGGCGGCGCGGCACCACGAGAACAGCGGCGGCGGGCGGGGGGGCGCGGGCGGGGCCGGGGGCGAGGACGGCAUCCCGCGCUCGCUGCCCGAGGUGAUGCAGGGCAUGGGCCUGGCGGCCAGCAUGCAGCACUACGGCGAGGCCUUCCGCCAGCACAAGCGCAGCGCCCUGGGCUCCGGCAGCCAGCCGCACCGCGACCUGUGCCACGACGACUCGGCGCUGGAGUCGGACCGCGUGGACGAGGGCUGCGGCUCGGCCGUCAACGGGCGCGGCUCGUCCCCCAGCGAGUCGGCCUCCGUGGGCCUCUCCAAGAAGCUCCUCCUGGGCAGCCCCAGCUCCCUCAGCCCCUUCUCCAAGCGCAUCAAGACGGAGAAGGACUUCGACCUGCCCACGCCCACCAUCCCCAACUCGGAGAACGUGUACUCGCAGUGGCUGGCGGGCUACGCCGCGUCCCGCCAGCUCAAGGACCCCUUCCUCAGCUUCGGCGACUCCAGACAAUCGCCCUUCGCCUCGUCCUCGGAGCACUCGUCCGAAAACGGGAGCCUGCGCUUCUCCACGCCGCCGGGCGAGCUGGACGGCGGGGUGUCGGGGCGCAGCGGCACGGGCAGCGGGGGCAGCACCCCGCACCUGGGCGGCCGGCCCAGCUCCAAGGACGGCCGGCGCAGCGACACCUGCGAGUUCUGCGGCAAGGUGUUCAAGAACUGCAGCAACCUGACGGUGCACCGGCGCAGCCACACCGGCGAGCGGCCCUACAAGUGCGAGCUGUGCAACUACGCCUGCGCCCAGAGCAGCAAGCUCACGCGCCACAUGAAGACGCACGGCCAGGUGGGCAAGGACGUUUACAAAUGUGAAAUCUGUCAGAUGCCUUUUAGCGUGUACAGCACCCUGGAGAAACACAUGAAAAAAUGGCACAGCGACCGCCCUUUGAGUAACGAAAUUAAAACUGAGUAGAGGAGGACUUAUCCGCCCCAAAAACAGUCCCCUGUAGGACCCCUCCCCCCCCCCCCCAACCCCCCCCCCCCCCCUUUUUCACUUGUCCAGUGGAAGCUAAGACACAGUGCUUGGCACCAGCACACCCUGUUUAUUUUACCGUUGAAUGCAUGAUCUGUAUCGGGGGCAAUACUAUUGCAUUGACGCAAACUUCGAGCCUUUCUCUUGUGCAAUAAUUUACAUGUUGUGUACCUUUUUCUUUUUUUUCUUUUCUUUUUUAAAAAAGAUAAUUAGACGGCAUGCAUGGUAUGUUUUGGCUAAUUUUUAAAAAAAGGAAUUGUCCCUGGUUGGUUAGUUGUUGCGUAAAUGUGUUGCUGUUUUCUUGUUAUGUUUUAUUUAAAAAAAGAAAGAAAAAAUGACCAUGCUGCAUACGUUCUGUAAAACAUAUCAUGUACAGUUUUGUGUUGUAACAUGGAGGACAACAGUCUUGCUUAACCCGCUAUGGACGGGCUGGGAAUCGCACUUAAACUGAUCUUUCAAAAAGAUUUUCUGUCUACAAAGGGUUAAAAAUAUCAAUUGGCGUAAUUCAUAAAUAUAAAGCAGUGACAGCCUUUGAAUUUCUUAAAAGAAAAUAGUCAUUAAAAUUUGAAUUUGUACUAUCAUUUGGUAACAAAACAAAAAAAAGAGUGCCUUGGAUAUCUUGAAACUGCAUUGGUUAAUCUUCCUAUUUGCUAUAAGCUUGGAGACUCAGCUAGAUACUGGAAACGGAUCUAAAUGGUCCACUAAGGUUCUUGCAUCAAGCACCUAACUGCUAUAGUCAACUGUGACUAAGAAAAAUAAGAUACGACUAAAGAAACAAAGGACAUUUAUAGUUAAUCAUCAUUUAGCUACCUAUUACAUGCGUAUUUUUGAAUUGCGACUGUUUACUAUUGCCCAGUAUGUUCUGUAUUGUGUGGUUUAUUUUUUUUUAAGCUUUUGGUUUUUCUGGUACUGUACACAGUGGUACUAUUCCUGAGUCCAUAAUCUUAAGCUCUUGUCAUUUUUGUUUUGCUGUUGAGGUUGUAAAGGUUUUUUUUAUAUAUAUAUAUAGUAGCACAAAACUAUGCUGUUGACGCUUGGACUUCGAGUUUGGCCCAAUCAGUGAUAAAGGCACUUAUGAAAUGGAGGGCAUUUAAUUCAAGCUACGUUUAUUUGGGAUGGGAGUAUGGAGGAGAGAGAAAAGAUGGGCUUGUCUCUCAGGUUUGAUAUACAAGGAAGCUUCAGAACUUUUUUUUUUUUUUUUUAAACCUGUCAGUGAUGAUUAACUAUAAAUUGCCUAAGUAAUGGAAAUGGGGAAAAAAUACUCCAAAUUUACCGUACCUAAGCCUGUGCUCCCUAAAAAAGAAAAGAUGGAAAGAAUAAAAACAGAACAGUUUUUUGAUUUCUCAUACGCUGUGUGCUAUUUGUGUUGACGUACACGGAGACUGCUUUUUCAUUGUUGAGUUCUAGCAUUUGCCCCAAUUAAUAGCACUUAUCACUCUUCCUCAGUGUGUGUGUCCGUAUCAUUUAUCUCGGAGGUACAGUGGUUGAGUAUAAAAAAAAAAUAAGACUGCUUGUUUAUAGGACAAAAAAAAAUAAAAUAAAAUAAAUGCACUGUUUCAAUUUUCCCAGUUUACAGGUAUACACUUAAGGGAAAACUUUCUAUAAUGCUGACGAACGAAUAUGGAGUCAUUGUCUAGCGUAGAGCAUAACAACGUAUGUUUCCAUCCAUUUUCUCCCCACAAACCCCAGCUGUCGGGCACCAGUGCUGUGACCGGGUGCAAACCCCAGCUGUCGGGCACCAGUGCUGUGACCGGGUGCAGGCUUCCCUGAGAGAAGAGAGCGAACGAUUGAAACUUGCUGCUUACACUGCAAGAAUUUUUUGUACAAAUUUUUUUUUUAAACUUUAAAUAUAAAAAGUGACUUUUUAAAAAAAUAACACUUCAUUCUUUAGGGGGAACAGUAUUUAAGUUUGUCGUUGUUUUCCUUUCCUCUCUGUCUUGGUGAUGUUCAAGACUUGAUCACAAUAUAUAAAUAUAAAUAUAUAUAUAUAAAAUGGGGGAAAAAAUCUGUGAUUUUUUUUUUCUUUUUUCUUUUUUCCUUGGCUAUUCUCAGCUCUUCAGGUCGAAUAAAACUUGCGUUGGGGAAAGGUUUAAGAUUAUAUAUAAAUAUAUAAUAGAGAACUUAAAUAUAGGAAAAUGCACACUCAUGUCAAUUCCUAUGCUAAAACACAUUUAUGGUCUACUUUUUUCUGUAUUUCUAGAAUGGUAUUUGAAUUAAAUGUUCACCUAGUGUAGGCACAAUAGUAUUUAUAUUGAAGCUUGUAUUUUUAACUGUUGCUUGUUCUCUCAAAAGGUAUCAACUUACCUUUUUUGGUAGUGGAAAAAAACAAGCUGCCACAGUAUAUUUUUUUAAUUUGGCAGGAUAAUAUAGUGCGAAUUAUUUGUAUGUUUAAAAAAAAAAAAAACCAAGUAAAACGAAAAAAAAAAAAAUGUGGCAUUGUACAGGUGAGGCCAUGUGAUGGCCUCCUCGAGGAAUCCUUUCAGAAUGUCCACAAUAGCUGAAACAGGUGGUUGUACAUAUCUUUUUUUCUUUUUUAUUCCUUCUCUGCUGCCAUUCUGUAUGCAGUAAUGCAAGCUGACGUCGGGUCCUUAUGUUGUGUGCUUUCCUGUCCCUUCACCUCCGUCACCUGACUACAUUCCAGCAUCGUAACAAAAACUUCAUAUGCAGUAAAUAAAAAAAAGUAAAUACGUUAAAUAAAUAAAUACAAAAAAAAAAAAAUCAAUGUUUUGCAGGUUUUUUUUUUCAUUGCCAAAUAAUAAAUGGUGCUUUAUAUUUAGAUUGGGAAGAAUUUCAUAUGCAAAGCAUAUUUAAACUGAAACGGAACCCCCAGGAAAGCCCGCUUGAGUUGAUACUUUUUUGUAAAUGGCAAUGCGGACAUUUUGUUAUCAGCCUUUUUCUAUUCCAGUUCUGAAAGCUGUUUGUUGUAACUUGAACUUGAACUUUGUCUUUUACAAUGGGAGUCACUAUUUAUUAUUACUUAUGUGCGCUGUUCAAAACGGAGGCACAGAAAUGGAUCGUUUUUAUUUUUUCUUUUUAUUUUGUUUAUUGUUUUCCUUUUUUUUUUUUUUAAAUAAUGACCAAAGGUCAUUGACAAACUAGCUAUUUUGUUGUAUUUGUUUCUGGUCUGUUAAGUUCUAUUGGAGAUACCACUGUCUGUGUUUCUGGCAGUUGUCUGCAUUACCCUGUUCACACACCCAUUUUGUCCCUUUAUUGAAAAACAAUUAAUAAAAAACUCAAAGUAUA